AUCUGAGGUUCCGAACGCAUCGGAAGGCAUCGGGCCAAGAGAAGUAGAAGUUGGAAACUACACUCCGAGUCUAUACAUAGCCCAGUUAUGUUUAGCAUAUAAGAAUGUCAUCGAUAAAACCAGGGACGCGGGUUGUUCGUGGCCCGGAUUGGGCCUCAAAGAAGCAGGACAACGGUGAGGGGUUUCUGGGCACCAUCAUAUUUGUCCCCAAGGCGGGCUCAAGUGACAACCAAGUGACUGUGAUUUGGGACUCCGGUCGGGAACUCCGAUACCGUGCAGGGCAUAAUGGGAAGUACGACUUGCGAGUGUACGACUGUGCCCCCGCAGGAAUUGUACAUGACGGAGUCACCUGUAAUGAAUGUAAGGAUUCGCCAUUGAAAGGAAUCCGCUGGAAAUGCUCCAACUGUAGCGGAGUGAAUCUAUGUAGCCUGUGCUACAUGAGCGACAAGCAUGACGUGAACCACGGGUUCGAGCGUGUCGACACUUCCACCUCCCCAGUAUUGCCAGUUCCUCCACGGAGUAAGAGUAAGUCCAUUCCAGCCAAGGGCCUGUUCCCCGGGGCAGAGGUCAUCCGCGGACCACACUGGAAGUGGAAAAAUGAUGAUGGUGGUGAAGGGGACAUGGGGAUGAUAAAGGACGUAGUGACCUGGGAAAAGAAGUACCAUAGAGGGGGUGUCAGUGUGGUAUGGAAGAGUGACAACACCCCUAAAACAUACAGAGUCGGGGGAGAAGGGUGCGUAGAUGUCAUUUACACCCGCGUGAAGGGAACCGCGUCUGGAAGAGUAUACUAUCCAGAUCAUCUUCCUGUUGUUGAUGUUGUAAACCCUGGACAAAUUCUGUUCAAACCUGGAGACAAAGUGCGAGUCAAUCUGGCUCUGGAUAACUUCAAGAGACUCCAAGAAGACAACGCAGAUGGAUGGAAGGACUCCAUGAAAGAAUGCAUCGGGGAGUUAGGAACCAUUGUACAGAUGUUGUUCCAAGGAAAAUCCUGCCGUGUACAGUACAUGAAUGGCAAAAUAGAGAACAUCAACAGAGCUGCAUUGACAAGGGUCCACACGUUUACACAAGGGGAAGCUGUCACCAUUCUCUCCGACUCAACCAAGGUCAAAGAACUGCAGGAUGGACAUGGGGGCUGGAACGAUGACAUGAAGACAGCGCUUGGAAAAAAUGGCCGCAUUGUGAGAAUAGACCAAGAUGGUGAUAUCCGGAUCAAGGUUGAAGACAAAACCUGGAUCUUUAGUCCAGUCUGUAUUAAUCCGAUGGAUAAUCAGGCAGUUGCCAAAGAAAUUCCUGCUAUUCCGCCUGCUGAAUGUGUGGAUUCUGAUGUGGAUUCAGAUGUUGCAGAUACACAGUCAAAUGAUGUGGCUGAAGCUAUUGCACAGCUGUACGUGGACAUGUUACGAGGGAUGCCAGGCCACUCCGAGGGGGCGGUCAGUAUUGUGCAGGCAGCAGGUCAAGGUGACCUACAAGCAGUCAAGGACUGGGUCAAAAAUAAUCCCGAUAAGAUUGAUCAAAAAAUUGAAGGCAAGACGGCCUUACAAAUCGCCUGCUACGAGGGAUAUGUUGACAUUGUAAGGUUUCUGCUCCAAAAUAAGGCUAAUCCAGAUCUGAAGGACUCGGAGGAAGAUAGUCCAUUGCACUACAGUGCUUUUGGAGUGGAGCAUCAAACAAUGGUGGAACUCUUGAAGGCAGGGGCAAAUGCCAACAUUGUAAACAAAGGAAAACAAACACCACUCCACAUUGCUGUCGGAAAGAAAAGUCCAGAGUGUGUCAAGGUCCUAAUGAGGCAUAAGGCUGAUCCUUCAUUCAAGGACAGUGAUGGAGAUACUCCUAUGCAUGAUGCUAUCACACAGCAGUGCAGCUUUGAGAUUAUUGAGGCUGUUUUGGGCAGUCCUAAAGCCAGACACGAAGAAAACAACUCUAAAGGCUUUAAUGUCCUGCAGUGGGCAGUUAUGAAGAAUGCUGGGCCGGCUGUAAAUGUGAUAAUUGAGAAGAAUAAAUCGGUGGUUAAUGAACAGAUGUCGGAAGGCUUCACAGCCCUGCACAUUGCAGCUGCCAAUGACCAUGUGGAAAUAGCUAGCGCUCUUAUUCGCAAGGGUGAAUGUAAUAUCAAUGCUACAGACAAAGAUAAGAGGACUCCCCUGAUUAUCUGUGUAUCCCAAGGUCACACAAGAAUUAUGGAAGUGCUCAUAGCUGCAUGUUGCGAGGUCAAUGCCCAGGACAACAGUGGGAACACAGCGUUACAUGUGGCUCAGAUGAAGAAGUCAUUACCAGGGCUGAUACAGAUGAAACAGGAGGACAAAAAUGUUGGCACGAAGAUUAUCUGUGCCUUACUAGAGGCAAAGGCUGACCUGUACAUUAAGAACAAAGAGGGAAGAACUCCUCUAGAUUUGAUGGAGGAUGAAACCAUCAAACACUUCAUGAUCAUGUUGUCUGAGAAAGCAAAGGCAGCCAAAUUCCAGACGACACAAAGAGGCGUGAUGAUCCCAUCCGACUGGGUGAAAAUGGAUCGAGGGGAACCGUACAAACGCGUCCUACUUUCAUCAGAUGGUGGGAAUGGUAUGAUGGAAAAGGAGUAUCAAAUGGUGGCUGAGAAGUUCAAAAAGACGCUGGGACAGGCUAAAAUCCUACAGAUUGAGAGAGUUCAGAACCCGUAUUACUGGGAGUGUUACCAGUUGAAGAAGCUGCAAUUAGAACAGCAAUAUGGAGGCAGCGGCUGUUCCAACGAGAAAGAGUUAUUUCAUGGUACAUUACCAACCUAUGUUGAUGUCAUUUGUAAAGACAACCUGGACUUUCGAUUGGCUGGGGAGAGAGUGGGCACCUUGUUUGGGAAGGGUACAUACUUUGCCAUAGACGCCAAGUAUUCGGACUUGUAUUCACAAGUCGACAAAGAGAAGAACAAAUUCAUGUUCCUUGUCAAAGUCUUGUGCGGAAAAUGUGCUCUAGGAGACACAAAGUAUUCCAGACCCCCACCCGUUGAUCCCAAAAAUCCCACUUCAGAAUUGUACGAUUGCUGCGUGGAUAAUGUGGACAAUCCACGAGUUUUCUGUGUGUUUGAUAGAAAUCAGUACUAUCCACAGUACCUCAUCAAAUAUAAGUAAAUUCAAUGAAUUUACUUAUACAAUGAAUUCAAUAUGUGAAACGCUUUAUUUUUUACUUUUUAAUAUUUUUGUCUUAACAUGAUAAAAAAAGAUGAAUUAACAUCUGAAAGUGUAUGUGAUGUGUAUAUUUUGCUUCUCCUUAAAAUAAAAUAAACUAUAUCAACCAAAAA